UUUCCGCGUUGUUAGCGGUUAGCUGCUCCGCUCAACUAGUUCAUUUGUGUUACUCAUUCACACCCAGACCGGCACUCUGAGCGUAAAACUAAAAAUCGACAGAAGGAAAUAUACGUUCAAGGUCUCUGGGCAGAAAGUGCUGUCACGUCUGGCUCAAGGUUGUUGAUCAGUUAAUGCACAAGGUAAAGAAGCUGAAAAUUGAGGACAAAACAGAAGACGUCCAGAAGAGCGUCAGGGAGGCACUGGCAGGCAUGACGGGGGUGCACGAGCUCUCAGACAGCACAGAAGUGGUGGAGAUGGAGGACGUGGUUCCCGCUCAAUUCCAGGUGGAGAAGCAGUCGUGGGACGGCCUGCGGAAGAUCAUCCACAAUAGCCGCAAACAUAUUGGCGUGCUCAUCAACAAGGCACCACAUGACUUCCAGUUUAUCCAGAAGGACGAAGCUAGUCCGCACUCUCACCGCAUCUACUACCUAGGAAUGCCUUACGCCAGCAGGGAAAACGCAUUACUUUACUCAGACAUUCCUAAGAAGAUCCGCAAAGACGCCCUGCUGGUUUUGACAUGGAAACCAAUGCUGGAUCAUUUUCAGGCCAGCUCUCACCACGGGGGCUUCUCUCGGGAAGAGGAGCUGCUGCGGGAGAGGAAGCGUUUGGGGGUGUCCGGCAUCACCUCCUACGACUACCACAGACCCAGUGGCCUCUUCCUGUUCCAAGCAAACAGCAGUCUGUUCUACUGUCGUGAUGGUGGAAACAACACUUUUAUUACGUCUCCAGUUAAUCCCAUAGAGAUCAAGAGCCAGAAUUCAGGCACACGUAUGGACCCAAAGAUCUGCCCCGGAGACCCCAACUUCAUCGGUUUCAUCAACAACAAUGACAUUUGGGUGACAAGUAUAGAGACAGGAGAAGAGAAGAGACUCACUUUCUGCCAUAAAGGAAUUGAUAACCCAAAAGAGGAUCCUAAAUCUGCCGGUGUAGCCACUUUUGUCACUCAGGAAGAAUUUGAUCGCUUCACCGGAUACUGGUGGUCUCCAGCUGCUCAUGAAGAGCCUGAUGGUGGAAAGACUCUGCAGAUUUUAUAUGAGGAGGUGGAUGAGUCUGAGGUGGAAACCAUCCAUGUCCCUUCUCCUGCUCUGGAGGAGCGCAAGACAGAUGUCUACAGAUACCCCCGUGCAGGCAGCAAGAAUCCUGACAUCACUCUGAAGAUAGCGGAAAUCAGGACAGACAAUCUUGGGAAAAUCGUCAGCACACAGGAGAAAGAGCUGCCUGUCCCCUUCACCAGCCUGUUUCCCAACGUGGAGUACAUCACCAGAGCAGGAUGGACAAAAGACGGUCGAUACGCAUGGGCCGUGAUGAUGGACCGACGGCAACAAAAUCUUCAGCUGGUCCUUCUGCCUCCUGCACUCUUCAUCCCUGCACAUCAGGACAAAGCUAAAAGACAGAAGAUGCUGGAGGCCCUGGGAGACGCCGUCCAGCCCUUUAUCAUCUACCAGGAGACCAGCAAUAUCUGGAUCAAUGUCCACGACAUCUUUCAUCCUUUUGUCCAAACCAGUGAUGACGAGAUCACCUUCAUCACAGUAAAUGAGUCAAAAACGGGCUUCUGCCACUUGUAUAAGAUCACUUCCGUGUUACAGCGGGGCACCUAUAACUGGGCAGAAGGCUACACACAUUCUGAAGAUGAUUUCAAGUGUCCCAUCAAAGAGGAGGUGGCGGUGACCAGUGGGGACUGGGAGGUGCUGGCCAAUCAUGGAGCAAAGCGUUCAUGCAGUCCUCAGAUUUGGGUGGACGAAGCAGCAAAGCUGGUUUACUUCCAGGGAACCAAAGACUCUCCUCUGGAGCAUCACCUUUACGUUUGUAGCUACGACUCGCCGGGUGAAAUCGUCAGACUCACCAAACUGGGCUUCUCUCACAGCUGCUCCGUGAGCCAGAACUUCGACAUGUUUAUCAGCCAUUACAGCAGCUUGACCUCCACUCCCUGUGUUCACAUCUACAAGCUGAGCGGCUCGGACAGCGACCCCCUGCACAAAGAGCCUCAGUUCUGGGCGAGCAUGUUGGAAUCUGCUGGUUACCAGUGUGAUGCUGGAACUCCAGAAAUUUUUAGCUUCACAGGAAAGUCUGGCUUUGAGCUGUAUGGCUUGUUGUACAAACCGCACAACCUGGUCCCCGGCAGGAAGCAUCCCACCGUCCUCUUUGUCUACGGUGGCCCUCAGGUGCAGUUAGUGAAUAACUCUUACAAGGGAGUGAAGUACCUGCGGCUGAGCACGCUGGCGUCUCUCGGGUAUGUUGUGCUGGUUAUCGAUGGACGGGGCUCCUGCCAGCGAGGACUGAAGUUUGAAGGAGCUGUGAAGGAUGAAAUGGGUCAGGUGGAGAUUGAAGACCAGGUGGAGGGUUUGCACUAUAUAGCUGACAAGUAUAAGUUUGUGGACCUGAGUCGUGUCGCUGUCCACGGGUGGUCGUACGGAGGUUUCCUCUCCCUCAUGGGCCUCAUCCACAAGCCUGACGUAUUUAAGGUCGCCAUUGCAGGAGCUCCAGUGACACUGUGGAUGGCCUACGACACUGGAUACACAGAACGAUAUCUGGACACGCCUGACAAAAACCAGGAGGGAUACGAAGCUUGCUCCGUUGCCCUGCACGUCGACAAACUUCCCAACGAGCCCAACAGACUGCUGAUCCUGCACGGAUUUCUGGAUGAGAAUGUGCACUUUUUCCACACCAACUUCCUGGUGUCUCAACUCAUCCGAGCAGGAAAACCAUACCACCUCCAGAUUUAUCCAAACGAGCGACACAGCAUCAGGUGUCCGGAGUCUGGAGAGCAUUAUGAGAUUACACUGCUGCAUUUCCUCCAAGAGAACCUCUGAUGAGCUUUUUCACAGACUCACUUUCCUUCACCUCCUGCUCUCCUCAUCUCCUGGCUUUUUGCUGGUCAUCCAAAUCUGCAUCACCGCUUACGUCACUUCAUUUUAUGAUUUGUUGAAUGCUAACUGUGCCAAACCGCGCCACACCUCAAGGAUUGUUUGUCCAUCUUCGAGAUGCUGCAGCAUUUAAGCAUGAGAAUGUCAUGUCGAGACUUAGAUGUCGCUCUGACUUGCAUGAAUGAGACCAUGGAAGCUCAGGCGUCUGCUAGUCUUUCCUCCUGCGUUUGACAGGGAAGAUUGACGGAUUGCUUGAAGCCCCAGAACCAGCAGAGGGCACUGUUGAUCCAGAACAGACGGCAAUGGAGUUUUCAGUGGUUUUGGUGAUGGUUUACAGAGAAAAUAAGAGGAUGGAUACAUGUUUAAAAUUCUGCUUGCUGCAGCAUUAACUGGACAACAUAUUUAGCAAUGCAAAAACAUAAAUACAUGGACGUUCUUCUUGCAGGUUUCACAAUGAAAAGGCUCAUUCUUUUUUAGCAACUUUUUCUCUUGAACGCAACUGACCAAGAUAUUACUCUUCUCCCUGUUAAUAAACACUGGUGUAAAGUUAGCAAAUGUACAACUGUUUCAGAGCAUUCAAGCAAAUCUUAACCGCUUUAUUCAUUUUUUUUUAGUGUUUUUCUCUGAGAUUGGUCUGUUAUGUGUUAUCAUGGGUUAUUUUUAAAAUGCAUAUACAGUUUCCUGCUUCAGUUUUAUUGGGUAACAUUAUUUUAAGAAACAAGAAAAGAAAAAAAAAAAAAGGAAAAACUUUUAUGCAUUCAUAAAUGAUGGAAAUAUGUAGCGACCUGUCGCUGUUUCACUCGGUCAUUUGCUUUAACCCUCUGGGGAGCUUCUCUUUCUUUAUGCUGCUGAAGACUUUUGCACAGUAGAUGUUUGCCUUGGUGCCAACAAACUGACCUAUAAGAUGAUGUUUGAAGAACUGUUGGCAGUCUGAGGUGCCUUGCAAGAGUUUAAGAGAACCUUUUCACGUAGUAAAUGUUUAUCAGGAAGGUCGGGUGACACGCAGGACCCACAACAAUAAAAUGCCUUGUUAAUGUCUGAACAUCUGUAAGAUGACCUAUCAUGAUCUGUACAUGGUAAAAUGUACUCAGACUGAAAAAAAGAUAAAUAAACAAGUAAACAAUC